UCCGUAGAGGGGUUAGGCUGUAUCAACCAAUAGGAAGUCUCGUGGGCGGGGCCGGCGCCGCUUAUAAGUCGGUGGCGCGGAGUCCUCAGCUGUUCCCUGUCAGUGGAAGCAGCAACAGUCAGAUUGUCGGCCACGGUUGGCGGCGGCGGGGCGGAGGGCACGGAGAUCGACAUCCUCCACCAAGGGUGGGAAGUUUAUGAACCCCACACACCAAGCUGGAAAGGAAGCCCGGAAAAGAAGUGAAAAACAAAAAACAAAAAAACGUACAGAAGAAUAGUUGAAAGUGCUCUAAAAUGGCGAACCGGACAGUGAAGGAUGCUCACAGCAUCCACGGCACCAACCCUCAGUAUCUGGUGGAAAAGAUCAUCCGGACACGAAUCUACGAGUCCAAGUACUGGAAGGAGGAAUGUUUCGGGCUUACGGCUGAACUUGUAGUCGACAAAGCCAUGGAGUUGAGCUUCGUGGGCGGUGUGUAUGGUGGAAACAUAAAGCCAACUCCUUUUCUGUGUUUAACUUUGAAGAUGCUUCAAAUUCAGCCUGAGAAGGAUAUCAUUGUUGAGUUCAUAAAAAAUGAAGAUUUCAAGUAUGUCCGGAUGUUGGGGGCACUUUACAUGAGGCUGACAGGAACUGCAAUUGAUUGCUACAAGUACUUGGAGCCUUUGUACAAUGAUUACCGAAAAAUCAAGAGCCAGAACCGAAAUGGAGAGUUUGAGCUGAUGCAUGUGGAUGAGUUCAUUGAUGACCUGCUGCACAGUGAGAGAGUCUGUGAUAUCAUUUUGCCACGGCUGCAGAAACGUUAUGUGCUAGAGGAAGCCGAGCAUCUGGAGCCUCGAUUUAGUGCUCUGGAAGAGGACAUGGAUGGCGUGGAGUCUAGUGAAGAGGAGGAAGAGGAAGAUGAGAAGCUGGAACGAGUGCCCUCACCUGACCACCAACGGAGAAGAUACCGAGAUUUGGACAAGCCAAGAUGCUCGCCUGCACUAUGGUACAGGAGGAGCUGGAGUCACUCUCCCAGGAGGCGGAGGAGAUCCCCUAAAAGAAGAAGCCCUUCUCCCCACCGAGAAAGGCACAGGAGCAAGAGUUCCCGGUGCCAUCGAAGCAGGUCCAGAGACAGACGACAUAGAUCUCGCUCUAAGUCCCCAGGUCACCACCGUAGUCACAGACAUAGGAGCCACUCCAAGUCUCCGGAAAGGUCUAAGAAAAGCCACAAGAAGAGCUGGAGAAGAAAUGAGUAAUGGAUUCAUUUUUUACUGUAGUCCAAAUGAUGUGAUGUGAAUAUGAGAGCAUCUGUUUAAGUGGAAUACUCAAGAUUUCCUCUCAGGCAGCUGUGAAUAUUUUGGAUUUUUCAAAAUCAAGUCCUUGUUUGGUUGUAUGUUGUUUUUAUUUUCAUAUUACAGAGGUGCUAUGUUUUGUAUCUCUUUGAAUUAUUAUCAACAUCUUAAAAGGGUGUUUUGACCAAAUGAAGGUCAGGUUUUGACCUAACAACUAUGGCUAUUCAUACUUAAUAAGGGUCAAGAGGACCUGGGAGCUGGCAAGAUUCUUGAAAAGAUGUAGCCACUUGGUGAUCCUUUUCUUGUUUGUAAUUAAACCAGACACAGUUGUCAUUUUCCUCUAAAAAAAAAAAAAAAACAGAAAAAGAACAAAAAACAGUGCAUGAUGGUACAAGCCGCGGAUUUGAGGAUGAAAGAUCACAAGCAGAUUAUCCAAGACAUGGAGAAAUUUGAGGAAAUGGAGAGUAGCCUAGUGCAACAGCCACAGUUGAACGAGAAAGUACUGAAAGACAAGCAUAAGAAGCUUCGGGAAACCUUCGAGCGAAUUCUACGACUUUAUGAAAAAGAAAAUCCAGAUGUGUACAAGGAAUUGAGAAAGCUGGAAGUAGAAUAAGAACAGAAGAGAGCUCAGCUGAGACAGUACUUUGAUGCUAUCCAGAAUGCUCAGCAUGUAGAAGUCGAGAGCAUCCCUU